AUGUAUUCCUCACGGCAAAACGCUGUCUCACAGUCAAAUCAGCUGAAAUUUUCGGUCCCGGACGCCUGUGAACGAAUAAAGGAUGAAUUGACGUUUUUGCAGCAACAAUGCCAUAAGUAUGAAUUGCAUUUUGAAAAUAUUGUUUGCAGUUUUAAAGUCGAAUAUGAGAAAUCACUCCAAGAAAAAAACGAACUUCAGCGUCACUAUGUUAUGUACUACGAGAUAACAUAUGGUCUGAAUAUCGAGAUGCACAAACAACAUCAGUCCCAGGUUGCUGCAGCUGUCGAACGAGCCAAACAAGUUACCUUAUCGGAACUUAACAGCAUAAUAUCGCAACAACUUGAUGAUUUCAAGUAUCCGAAGCUUUCUUCUGCCGGUUUGGGGAUCUCUGUUGACCAACUCGAGUUUUAUAAGCUUCGCAGUUACCGUCGUUUCCAACGGGAUUACCGCCAUCGCUUGGUCCACCACUCCCCACUACAUCAACUUCCGCAAUGUUAA